AUGGCUAUGAAUACAAUUGAGAAACAGAACUGUGAAUCCAAAGACGUUGUCAUCAUUGGUAAUGGACCAUCUGCUAUUGUUCUUUCGUACCUUCUUUCUGGCCAUGUGCCAUAUUGGAAUGGUUGUCCAGUGUCGAAUGAUUACUUGAAUAUUAAACUGGAACAACAUGUCAAGGACAAUUCUCUCUUCGAACAAGAUCUGGAGUUUCUAUCCGAUGGUUUAGAAGGUCGUUCACGAAAUCCUGUUUCGUUACUAAUUGAUCAUCUGACACAUCCUGAUGCUGAUCUUGGCGCACAUUUACAAUCGAAACUCAAAUGGCGCCAUGACCCGUCGUCAGCCAUCAAUCACGUUUGCCUAGGCCGUGGUGGAAUCGGUGGUGUCUGGAAUAAUUUAACGUCGAAACAGUUACAAACUGUCAGCAUGGCUCAUUGGAUGGAGUUGCCCAACUAUUCAAUGAGUACAUUUCGACAACAACGUCGAGCACAUCGACUGCGUUUAGCAGCACAAAACGAACAGUCGUCAGCUAUCGAGGAUAAUAUGCCCUUGAGAGCGACAUAUGAAGAAGUUCGCUCGUAUUACAUUCACUACGUGAAACGAAAUCGUUUAACGAAUCAUUUUCGAAACGGUUGUGAAGUGACAUCGAUCGAACGUGUUUCGCUCGGUGAGCCGAUCUUCGAUGAUGUCAACGAAGAAAUUCGCACAUCAGAACCACUAUGGGAAAUACGAGGUUAUGAAGAAAAGACGAGAAGUCCAUUUAUAAUCCAUGCCAAAUACGUCGUUUUAGCAACUGGCAUUCCGCAAGAAAAAACCAUUCCUCUGGGAUUCAUGGGAGAACAAAUAAGUCAAUCAUUUACUUAUACAUGUUUAUCUGAUAUUGAAGAUCUUAUCAUUAAUAAAAAAUAUUUAACUAAAACUCAUAAACCAUUGCUUGUCAUUGGGUGUGGACUAACUGCUCUUGAUGUAAUUCUUCUUUGUCAACAAUAUUCUAUACCUGUUCUGCAUGUUUUUCGUCGUGCAAUUGAUGAUCAUGAACUCGUCUUUAACCAAUUAUCUCCUUCUCUCUAUCCCGAAUACGAACUUAUUAAAGAUAUGGCUAAAUUAUCUUCAUCAUCACCCUCCGAUUGGUCCUAUCAAUGCUUGGCACAAAGUGAAGUUGUUUCCAUAACGGAAGAUGGUACUGUACAUAUUCGUAAUGUUCGAACACAUUCGACUAGUGAAUACGAAGUCUCGUUUGUCGCGAGACUCACAGGUGCUGAAGUCACAACUCCGUUUCUUCAACGAACAUCGACAAAGACGAAAACCGCUCUGCAAAUCAAUCCGUAUACAUACGAAUGCAUCGACUUUGAACACAUGUAUGCAUUAGGUCCGCUUGCCGGCGAUAAACUUGUUCGAUUUCUACAAGGUGGGGCAUUCGCAUGUGCAACAAGUUUAUUUAAAAUCUUUCGACAAACAUCACCGAAGACAACAUAUCGGACGUGA